UCAUCUAUACAAAACAGAACAUUAUGAAGGACAGUUAAUUCCACAAAAAAAAAAACAAGUUACAAUAUUACACCAGAUAAAAUCGAUUUUAUCGAUUUGGAAAACCUAAAUCAUAUUUGAAUUUCACGAGGUUAUAUACAAUGUACAUUCGUGGAUAUUUUACAUGGCUAAUGCCGAAGUGAAAUGUUGGUUAAUACGCUGGAAAAAUAAAUUUUGAAACGAUGAACGAAGCGGACGGAGAAGAGGAGGAAACAUGCUACAAAGAAUAAAUAAUUUAUUCCAGACAGCCAAUUUCAAACACAGAAUGCAAGGAAAACGUAGAGGAAUUACACCCGGAGUUGAAAGAAGCACGUCACAACUGUGGCCUUUUAGCAAUCCUAAAUGUACUUCAGAACCACGCAGUUACGGCGUUACAUAUGUCUGAAAUGCGAGAUCUGCUGACGUUCCGGACAGACAUAUACACAGUAUUUAAGGAAAGAUUGGUGUCUGCGAGUAAGAGUGAUGUUGAACUGAUUUUAUCAGGUAGCCUAUCCCAGAAGUUAACUGCCUUUCACUUCAUCUACACAAGUAAAGAAUCGGGACAUUUUGGCAAAAAGGCCGAUACAGACAUUGACGUUCUGAUUGUUGACAAGUCCAACAAGGUAACGGAGAAAUACACACCGGGACGUAACUUCCUAAUGCAACCAACCAAACAUAUAGGAUAUGUCCGGCUUUAUAAAGGAGCUCCAAACAGGUCAAAGGGCAUAUCUAGCAAGGGAUUUCGGAAACACUGGAAAUCAUUGGUCGACGACACAGAGCUAUUUACACGAUAUACAGGGAGGGGUAACAGAUUUCCAAGAAGAGGAGAUACAUUGACAGGUCCAGCUAUAACAAAGGUUGAAAAUCUCCGACAGAGGGACUUUUUUGACCAUGACUUUGUUCCUGCUAUUCAGUGCGUAGAUUGGCCUUCACAAGCCCGCGACUGGAUUUCAAGGAAAAGAAGUUCCGGUUGGCCUACCAGACAACUGUUAGAGGAAUGUGUGUCAUCAACAUAUCACGUGGUUCCAGUUGGCUGCAAAGAUAGCAUGCGUUCAGAGAAAGGAAAAGAGUGGCGUCUCUCGUUCACAGAAACAGAAGUGAAGCUUGCGCGUUCUUUCACAGAAAAACAGGCAGUCCUAUAUUGCUGCAAAAAUGUUGAUCAAAACUGCAGUAAAUCAAUUAAAGAACAAAAACCCACAUUUGAAACAAUAUCGCCUUGUUAGUUCGUAUGAUGUGAAGACAUCCAUGUUCUGGCUGUGUGAAACCCGCACUAACUGGGAUGAUGUGUUAGCAAACGUGAAGGAUAUAAUCAACAGUCUGUUGGGUUAUUUUGGCAUGCGGUUCUUGCCCGAUUAUUUCAUUCCUGAGAAGAACUUGAUCGCAGGUGUAAGUCAUGACAUGUUCGGCAUCUGCGAAAACAUUUUGAGGGAAACAUCUUAUCUACCGAUUCAGAUAUUCAAAACCUGUUAUUACCAGACAUAUUCCUCCUGUUUUCAGUACGACAUGCAUUUUUCACCUUUACUUAGGAAAAUAUACAACGAGGUCUGUGAUUUUGAGAAGAUGGGCAAACCCACGAUAAAGCUGAUCAUUUUCGCUAUUUUACGAAUUAUGGUGGAAAUUUCAAGUUCGAUUGUAUGUUCUUAUGAUGCACGAGAUCUGGGUUCUAGCAUAAUUGUUAUGCUUGAUGCCUUAAAUGAAUUGCACUGCCAGUAUGUUACGAGUUUUGGUAUGACAAAACUGUUUUCCGAAGAUGGCAUUAGCAGUUUCUCCUCAGAGAAUGAAACUCUUGAAAAACUGUCUUCAUUUAAUGAGGUGUUCAUUCACACUAUAUCCAAUCCAGAUGUAAUAUCCCAGUUAGAAAAAGAUGCUUUUGCAGUGUUAGCAGUUUUCUUUUCUGGCAAUGUUUCAACAGCAUCUUACGCUUACGGCGGACGCGCAGAGAUUGUUGAAUUUGCAGAACUUGUGCAACUGAAUACCAACAACGAGCAGUUGGUUAAAAUGGCGAGAGAUGCAUAUGGUAGCAUAGAAAAUUUUUUGAAAAAAGCAGAUAAACUAGAGGAAGAAGUGUCAGAACUCUACGAAAUUCUUUCCCAAACUGCGGAAACAGCUCUGAUCGCAUACCACAACGUUGUCAAUGAGAAUAGGUUAAUGGAAACCACGGAUUUUGCCUGUCAGGAAGAGAAAGUAAUCGUUUAUUGCUGUGGAAUGCUCGAGACAAAUCUGUCCGGAAUUUUAGAGGAGGAAAGCCUUGGAAGUUCAUCUUCAAGGGAAAGACUUACUUUGUUACGAUCAAAAGUUAAGACAAGCGACAUUCGUAUGCAAAUAGGCUAAUGAUCAAGAUGCUGAAAGUAUAAGGGCGAAAUCUGGUGAAAUAUAAAGAAGAUUAUAAUGCAAGGAACAAUAAAAUCUAUGCCAGAAAAAAACCUAAGAUUUUUUUUUAUUGACGAGGGACUAUUGUUACUGAAUUAAAAUAUCUAAUCAAUAAUGCUUUAAGUCAUUCAUAAAGUUAUUGAGUACAGAAACAUUUUUUGGGGGUAUUAUCAGAUUGAAUUUGACCCUUUCUUUUGUUGCAUAUGUUAUUGUCAGGGAGUCAUUCUAAUUUUUCUUGAAUUAUUCGCGAACCUGCGAGCUGAAGGAUCCUACAUGGCUAAUGUAUUUAU